GUACACUGGACACUACUUCAUUACCACACUGCUGUACUCGUUCUUCCUGGGAUGCUUUGGUGUUGACCGGUUUUGCCUGGGCCAUACAGGAACUGCUGUUGGGAAGCUGCUAACCCUUGGAGGUCUGGGAAUUUGGUGGUUUGUGGAUCUCAUCCUGCUCAUCACUGGCGGUCUGAUGCCUAGUGAUUACAGCAACUGGUGCACCUACUACUGAGACAAAAUAUGCCACUACUUAUUUGGCUCUUUGAAGUAGGACUCCAGAGAAAAUCUGCAGGAUGUUUUUGUUGUUGUUGUUUAGAAGCAGAGGUUUGGGAUGUCCAAACUUCCAUUCUGUGCUGGAGAAUGAGAAAACCGUAUGAUUACAUUUGAGUAAGUUUACUAGUAAAGUUUCACUUUGCAGAAUAUUUGUUAAAAUGAAGUGUUAACAUCUGUGCUGUUUAAGUGGAGGUUGUAAUAUAGUGUAUUUAGUCUGAACUAUCAGAAUUUUAUUGUUGAUGCUUUGUUGUUGUAAGUAAAUGUCACAGGUCAAGUGCCGAUUCAUGGAGAGCCAGUGGGCUUAAAGCCAAUAAAGGAGAUUGUUUUCCA